GCUUUCAGCUAAUGACGGGGCUACUUUGAAGGAAAAAGCUUGUGAUAUUUUUAUGGGUUAGGAAUAUAAAGAAUAACUGGAGCUAUGAAGUACACCAGCAUUGAUUUAAAAAAUACAACUAAUGGGUUUAGCUAAGGACGCCUGCCAUCUACUAACAUAUACAAUAUAAAUACUCGUAACUACUUAGGAAACGAAACGAUUACUUUGGAGCUCCUGUACAUUUCACGGCCUUUACUUGAAAUCGUUUUAAUAGUUCAAUACAGCCCGACAGCCAUUUUUUGAGCAUUCAAUUUCAACCUUUGUGACAUUGUUAGUUCGUAAAUUCUUGGCGCCGUUGAGGUCGUUCAAUCGUCUGCUUGCAAAAUCAUGUGCUCUGCAAGUUCAACAACCAAUUAAAAUGCCGAUUGACGCGCAACGCCACAGCGGACGUGAAGGUGCGCAUUGCGCUGCAUGCAUGUCGCCGGACAUGUAGUGACGAAACAGUGGCCCGAAAGGAAAACCAAGAAAGAAUAAAAUUUGCUACGCGAUACGCGCCACCAACGGCACCAGCAUAGACAAUCAAAAAAGUCUGUUUCACUUUCUGUUUCACACCAAAACAGCGCACAAACACACGCUUGCGCGAGCACCUUGGGACGCAGCCAAAAAGUGGAGAGACAAACGACAUAGCCAGCGUGCAAGUUCAACAGCGUUGUCACUGCUGCGCAACUUAAUUUGCUGCUUAAAUCUUCGCCAUCAACGACGCCGUUACCGUCUAGUUUUAGCCAUCGACGCUGCAGCUUAAAUCGGUGGACAACCUGUUCGAUGUUGGCGCGAAUUCGCAUUGAACUAUUCAGUUUUCUGCUGUUUAUAGUUAUGAAAAACUAAUCGAAGAAGAAGUUGACGAAGAAUAGACGCUCGCCGUUGCUUUAUUCAUUACGAAUAUUAAAACCACAUACGCCAGCCGAACGGCGAGCAUUCAAAGUUACGUUUUCUCGGCGUUAAGACGCGCGGUUCCGAAAAUACGGUUCACUGCAUACGACGCAAGCAACGGGCACGCGAUUCUAAAGCAAAAAUAGCAAAGUGGCUAGAACGCGGUAGCAGCGUUAGGAAGUUGAAAAGGAAUAAAACGAGUGAACAAAUUCUGCCAAGCAAGAAAAAUUAGUGCAAAGUGCGAAUAAAACAUAAAUUGAAAAUAAGAACUCUGGGACUUUGAGACUAGUGAUUGAAAAGACUUUGCCACAGAGCAUUCGUAAAAGUGAAACUGAUAUUUUAAUCAACGCCAUCGGUGAUAUCAGAGGCAUUUUAAAAUGCAAAAUUCUUAAAUUUUCAUACCAAAUUUUAUAAAACAAAAAAUAAAACGUGUCUACAAAAAUGUUCUUUCUACUCCAACCACGUCUCCUCCUUCCAACGCUAGUAUGCAUUUUGGGCGCUCUCACAUGGGCGCAAGAACGCAAUGUUAUCCUGGAGGCCUUCGACUUUUUGCGCCGCGGCCAAAUGGACGCCAAUCUAGAGAAUUACGACAACACAAUACAAAUGGAAAAUGAAUAUGAUUUUAUUGUGGUGGGCGCAGGUACGGCUGGUUGUGCGAUUGCGGCGCGCCUCUCGGAAAACCCCAAAUGGAAAGUGUUGCUGCUGGAGGCAGGCGGUCCAGAGAGUCUCAUUAUGGAUGUGCCGAUCGUCGCGCAUUUUCUGCAAUUGGGUGAAAUGAAUUGGAAGUAUCGCACGCAGCCUUCGGAUCGCGCUUGCUUGGCCAUGAAUAAUAAUCGUUGCAAUUGGCCGCGCGGCAAAGUGAUGGGCGGUUCGUCGGUGCUCAAUUACAUGAUGUACACGCGCGGCAAUCGACGUGACUACGACCGCUGGGCAGAGCUGGGCAAUGUGGGCUGGAGCUGGCGUGACGUGUUGCCCUACUUUAAGAAAUAUGAAGGUUCCAGUGUGCCCGAUGCCGAUGAGGAUUUAGUGGGCCGUGAUGGUCCCGUGAAAGUCUCCUAUGUCAAUUGGCAUUCGCAGAUCGCCGAUGCGUUCUUAGAAGCGGUACAGCAAGAUGGAUUGGACCGCCGUGACUACAACGGACAUAUACAAAAUGGCGUUAGCUACUUGCACACAACAACGCGCAAUUCAACGCGCUGGAGCUCGAAUCGCGCUUAUCUGUAUCCGCUUAAGGGCAAGCGACGCAAUUUGCACGUAAAGAAAUUCGCACUAGUUACAAAAGUACUCAUCGAUCCAACAACGAAGACCGCUUAUGGCAUAAUUGUGCGCACCGAUGGACAUGAGCAGAAAAUUCUGGCACGCCGCGAGGUGAUUGUCAGCGCUGGCGCUAUUAAUACGCCACAACUGCUUAUGCUCUCCGGCAUUGGACCAGCGCAACAUUUGCGUGAAAUAGGCAUCAAACCGAUUGUAGAUUUGGCUGUCGGCUUUAAUCUGCAGGAUCACACAGCGCCAGCAGUUACCUUUACAACCAAUGCCACAUCGUUGCAUUUCGAAGAUUUUGCCGAUCCCACGUUGGUGAACCGUUUCAAUCGGCAAGAAGGCCCCUAUGGCUCGCCCGGUGGUUGCGAGGCUAUAGCUUUCUGGGACUUGGAUCAUCCGCAUCUAAAAGAUGGUUGGCCAGAUAUCGAAUUGUUUUUGGUAGGUGGCUCAAUGUCCUCCAAUCCAGCCAUAUCGCGCGCUUUCGGCCUCAAGAAAAUUAUAUACGAUUCCAUGUUUGCGGAAAUAGAAGAUAGAGAUCUUAAUGCCUUCAUGAUCUUCCCCAUGAUACUGCGACCCAAGAGCCGUGGGCGCAUCAUGCUAAAGAGCAGCGAUCCGCAAAAAUAUCCAAUUAUCUACUCCAACUACUACGCACAUCCCUAUGAUGUGGACAUUUCGGUGCGUGGCGUACAAAAAGCAGUCAGUCUGAUUAAUUAUCCAGCCUUCAAGAAGAUCAACGCAAAGGUGUGGAAUCGCAGAAUACCAACAUGUAAGGGUCUCGAAUUCGGCACACGUGACUACUGGGAAUGCCAUGUGCGCCAUUUCACAUUCACCAUCUACCACUACUCGGGAACAGCAAAGAUGGGUCCGGCAUCAGACCCAGCGGCCGUGGUGGAUCCAAGAUUGCGCGUAUAUGGCAUAAAGAAUCUGCGUGUGGCGGAUGCAAGCAUCGUGCCAGAGAUCAUGUCGGGACAUCCGAAUGGACCUGUCUUCAUGAUUGCCGAGAAGGCGGCGGAUAUGAUCAAAGAGGAUCAUGGGUUCAAGCAGUGACCAAGGGGAACUACAACAUUAGAAUGUAUUAAAUGCCAAGCUUUCCAAAGGGGGGAUAUCACUAGCUUGUAAGCGUGGGUGGAUUCAUUAGUUUAAGGCAAAUAUGGAAUUGAAGUAAUUUAAUUUAAGCGUAAGUGAACCAACCGUUGCCAAGUGUAAGCUUUGCAUUAGUUGUGAAGUUAAUUUAAGCGGAAAAUGUGUACAUAUUUAAAAAGAUAAUUUAGAUUUUACACUUUAAUGUACAAUAGAAGCUUAUUUAGAGCGUUACUGAACUAUUCUAAGUCUAAAUAUUUACAUUUACUUUUAGAACAAAAAUAGCAGUGUACAGAAAAGUAUUUCUAAGUUUUAAAGUCGAAAUAAAAUACACUUGUAAAAAUGUCAGUUAUGUA